UGUGGACUUUUUCUUACUACUAAUGGGAACUUAGUUAUCAAUUUUCUGAAUUUUGGAUUGUGGGUUUGUGUGUUUUUUCUUAGGGCUGCAGCAAUUCCAGGAACAGAAGGUGGAACUGUUCUUCAAAUGAAAUUGGUUUAUAAUCACUUGGCUCCUUUGGUUCUCUUGUUUCUACAGUGGAUGGAUUGUUCCUGUGCUAGCUUUCUACACAGAUAUUUCAAUCUCUUCCACAUAGUUAUAUACAAGAUACACAAUGAUGGUAGAAACAUGUCUAGUCAUGGAAGGAAAGCUACCAUAGGGGACUUUUAUGCUGUUAUAUUGCCAUCUCUCCAGCGGCUUCACGGUAGCUUGGAGAAGUUGGAAACUUCAAAAGAAGGCCAAUCAUUGAGCAUGGAACAUUCAAGUUAUGGCAAGAAGAUGAUUGUUGAAGGUGAUGGGAAACUAACCAAUGUUGACUUGCAAAGAGAGGAUGAAUGUGAUAUUUGCUUAGAGCCUUGCACCAAAAUGGUCCUGCCUAAUUGUUGCCAUGCCAUGUGUAUCCGGUGCUACCGCAAGUGGAACACCCGGUCGCAGUCUUGCCCUUUCUGCCGCGGUAGCUUGAGGAGGGUUAACUCUGAGGAUCUUUGGGUGCUAACUUGCAAUGAAGAUGUUGUUGAUGCUGAAACAGUUUCUAAGGAAGACUUGUGGCGUUUCUACCUUUAUAUCAAUAAGCUACCAAAACAUCACCCAGAAGCACUUUUUGUAAUGUACUAUGAAUAUCUCAUUUGAACUUUUAUAUACCAAUAAGAAGGAACCAAAGAAAUGUACAGAAUAGGAAAAAAUUACAAAUGUGAAUAGAGUCUGGUAAAAGAAAGAAAAUUGAUUCUUUAAUCAAUAUUUUAUCACAGCUUUGAUAAGAGAAAAAUUUCUGGUUUUUUAACCCAGAAAAAGAAACACUCUUCUUAGUACUGUGAUAUUAUACAUUGUCUCCAUUAUAGAAAUAAAAAUGUUACAUUUAACUUGGGAGUC